CCCUAAAACCACUUACUGAAGGCAGAGGGCGUGGUAAAUGUUACCUCUACGUUAGCUAAUCUACGAUGUGAUGAACUCAGUCUCGAGGCGUCCGUCAUUCGUUUAUCUUCUAGGGUAAUUAAAAACAAUUUAUUUUUAAUUGGGAGUAUAAAUAACAGGAGAGUCUCAUUCAUAGCAUACAGUGUAGUGUGCGUCGUGAUUGCGUUUGCUUUUUGUUUUCGCCCGUAUCAAGAUGAUGAACGACGAUGGCUAUGUGUACGGUGAUCAGAAUGUGCAAGUACCCGCACAUUUGAAUUUCGGGAAGUUUAUUUUGGAUCGACUUCGCCUUAGACGGGAUGAAAUUGCUUUGGAGCUGGGCGAAACCGGAGAGAAACUAACAUACAAGGAAUUCACACAAUAUGCCGUCAAUAUGUCCACCGCUUUGACAAAGCUGGGAGUGGGGCGGGGCGACAUUGUUGCAGUGGGAUCCGAAAAACGCAAUGAAUUCGUCCCGACGGUUCUUGCAAUCGUGUUCACUGGAGCGACGUACACUCCCUAUGAUUUAAAGAGCGGUAGAGCGGUAUUAAAGCACAAGAUAAGUAUUACGAAGCCAAAAUAUUUUAUAUGCUCGAGUUUCUUUUGGAAAACAUACAGCGAUAUAUUACUGAGUUUCGACUGCAUAGAGAAGUUCAUAACUCUGGACGAUGGCGUGGAAUCAGUAAUUUCGAUCAGGACAUUGGUCACGAAUGACGUUGACAUAAAUAAGUUUGAACCAAUGCAAGUUCAGGGACAGGUCGACAUCGCAUUCAUUUUGUAUUCCUCGGGCACUACGGGCAUGCCAAAAGGCGUGCAACUGACUCAUUUAAAUUGCAUCCUCAAUAGUCUGCCUGAUGACUUCAGCGACGACUCCCUCCAAACGGCAUUUGUUUUCGGCGAAUGGUACCAUAAUUAUGACACGUUCAUGACGUACAAAUUCCUGGCUCUAGGAAGGAAAAUGGUGUAUGUCAAUGAGGCGGAACCCCAGACCUUUUUGAAGAGCGUCCAAGACUGUAGAGUAAACAUUGCUUUUAUCGUACCCUCCUUUGUUUGCUACCUAUCAAAGGCGAAGGAAGCAGAAAAUUUUGAUCUCGAUUCACUCAAAAUUAUAUACUCUAGAUCAUCGCCUCUUCACAACAAGACUAUUCAAAAGGUCAAAACUAGGUUCCCGAAACUUAAGAACAUUUUGCAAGGUUACGGCAUGACCGAAGCAGGGGAGUUGACUUCUGAAAGCUGGGGAACAAAAGGCUGUAAAGCUGGCAGUGUCGGUAUGGCUUCACCGGGAAUCACAUUAAAGGUCGCAGACCCAGAAACCCGUAAAACUCUGGGUCCAAACCAAAGAGGUGAAAUUUGUUUGAGGGGUCCUGUCUUUAUGAAAGGGUACAUCGGUGUUCCUCCCUCAAAAUACUUAGACGAACAAGGCUUCUUUAAAACUGGAGACUUGGGUUACUAUGACGAUGAUAAAUACUUCUUUAUUGUCGAAAGGUUGAAAGAAGUCCUGGUGUACGACGGUUAUAAGGUGGCUCCAUUGGAACUUGAGACAAUAUUACAGUUGCACCCAGGAGUUAGAGAAGCCGGUGUGGUCGGGAAACCAGCCGGUGUGUACGGGGAAGAGCCGACAGCGUUCGUCGUAAAACAACCCGGCGUGGAAGUAACUGAAAAAGAGUUGAUUGAUUACGUUGCCACAGAGGUCCCACCGUAUAUGCAAUUAAGGGGAGGUGUAAAGUUUAUUCAAGAGUUACCAAGAAACCCUAGAGGGAAGCUCAUGCGCCAACGUCUGAGGGAAAUGCUGAAUUAAAUGGUUAAAUUUAACCGCUCAUGCUCAUAUAACUAUGUAUAAACUCAAUCAACUUAAA